AUGGAGCCGGCCGGCCCCUGCCAGGCGCCGCUGCUCCACGCCAACGACUCCUACCACGGCCGAAACUGCAGCGCCGAGGAAGGCGUCUACCAAGAUGCCACCCCCCUCUCCGGGAAGAUCGUGCUCGCCGUCGUCCUGGCGCUCGUCACCCUGGCCACGGUGCUCUCCAACGCCUUUGUCAUCGCCACGGUCUACCAGACGAGGAAACUCCACACGCCAGCCAACUAUCUCAUCGCCUCGCUGGCCGUCACCGACCUCCUUGUCUCCAUCCUCGUCAUGCCCAUCAGCACCAUGUACACUGUGACCGGCAAGUGGACGCUGGGCCAGAUCGUCUGCGAUAUCUGGCUGUCCUCGGACAUCACCUGUUGCACGGCGUCCAUCCUGCACCUCUGUGUCAUCGCCCUGGACCGCUACUGGGCGAUCACCGACGCCGUCGAGUACUCCACGAAACGGACUCCCAGGCGGGCAGCGGGCAUGAUCGCGCUGGUGUGGGUCUUCUCCAUCUGCAUCUCCAUGCCCCCUUUGUUUUGGCGGCAGGCGAAGGCCGAGGAAGCCUCUCACUGUGUGGUGAACACGGACCACGUCCUCUACACCGUGUACUCCACGGUGGGAGCCUUCUACUUCCCCACUCUGCUGCUGAUAGCCCUCUACGGGAGGAUCUACGUGGAAGCCAGAUCGCGGAUUUUGAAGCAGACGCCAAAGAAAGCAGGUAAAAGGCUAACGCGGGCUCAGUUGAUCACGGACUCCCCGGGGUCGUCCUCCUCCGUCACCUCCAUAAACUCCAAGGCCCCCGAGGGACCCAGCGAAACGGGCUCUCCCGUGUACAUGAACCAGGUGAAGGUGAAGGUCUCGGAUGCCCUGCUGGAAAAAAAGAAGCUCACGGCCGCUAGAGAGCGGAAAGCUACAAAGACUCUAGGGAUUAUUUUAGGAGCCUUCAUCGUCUGUUGGCUGCCCUUUUUCAUCAUCAGCCUGGUGUUGCCUAUUUGCAAGGACGCUUGCUGGUUCCACAUGGCCAUCUUUGACUUUUUCACGUGGCUUGGAUAUCUCAACUCCCUCAUCAACCCCAUCAUCUAUACCAUGUCUAACGAAGACUUCAAACAAGCUUUCCACAAACUCAUACGUUUCCGAUGCACAAGCUGAAAAUUUUGAAUGCGAUGUGUUCUCCGGGGCUGCCCCCAUGCACGCCCGUGCCCGACGCCACAGAAUCAAGUUGCUAUUGUAAAGACCCACUGCUUGAAACUUCCCCAAGCCCAGUUGCCAGACUCAUGAUGCUGCAAAAACGUCAAUACAUGCUGCCACCAAACUGCUCAGCUCUGCAUUUCAGUGUAAUGACUCUGGCAGAGAUGCUGUUCCAAUAGUCACGCAGAUCAGUUGCAAAAAAAGAGGGCAGCCUCGAAUCAAGGUCUAUAAUUCAUCUGGACUGAAGAAAAAGUUUGAAAGUAAACUCCAUUUAUUUUGCAGGCUUAACUUCUUAAUUUGUUCUCCGGCCGGUAGUAGGGGUGUGCACGAACGCACAGUUGUCUCUGUCUGUGUUGGUAGCAUAGUUGUACUUCUGCACACUUGUAAUUUCUUUCUUUCAGUGGAAAGAGUUGCUCCCUUCACUUAUGAGGCCAAGAGGAGAAAAAAGCAGCAUUUAAAAUAGGAGCAUUGCAGUAAAGUCUGUAAAGACUCCUUCAGCUGAACAUGUGUAAGAAGUGACAGUGUGCAAAAGUUAUAUUUGUAUUUCAAAACAAUAGCAAAUGCUGUAGAAACAAGAGUUGUAGACCUGUUCAACUGCACUGCAUAUCUAUAGUCUGUCAUCAUAGUUGCCUUUAUAAAGUAAAUACUUCUUGCUUCUACUCCAUAACUUGAGCAGAAAACAAGAAGACCAGUGACCUUUUCCAUAAGCCAGCUGGGAAUAGAAGUAGCAGUUUGAUGUUGUAACCAUGUUUUCCAUUUUGUGUCAGUUGCACACCCUUACCGCAUGAACCACUGGGAAAUUUAGAAUUCUCUAAGUAAUUACAUUAUUUAGUGUAUUUUGUAAAGAAGUGAAGCAGUUUGCUCUUUCAGAAGAGCUGUAUCACCUGCAAAAUAAAUACCCAUGAAUCAUUAAUUAACUGAUGUUAGUGAAACUACUUCCUUCCCUACUUCCCCCCUAUUUUUUUUCUUGUUUUGUUUUCUGAUCAGACCUUAAGACAGGUCUAUCCAUAUUCAGCAGUCAAAGUUAGAGUUUCAGAAUAUGGUCCACCUGCUGUGAUAGAACUGCAUUGAUUGUUCCUCCUAUGUGUAAAUGAA